AUGAUUGAAUUAGAAAUGCAAAUUGAACAACUAAAACAAACUCUUCAAGCUGCUAAUGCAGAAGUAGAUAAUUUGAUAUUGCAGAACAAUGACUUGCAAAGGGAACUAGAAAACUGCCAGAUGGUGAUUAAAUUACUAAGAGCUAUACAAACUUUAGGACCUGAAAAAAUACGCGGUAUGUCACAAGCCAGCUUGCAGUCAAAACACAACUUUUCAAUAAAAUUCAAAAAAACGCAGUAA